CGGGCGGCCGGGAGGCCAGGUACUUCCGGAGCUGCCUCCGGACCUAGCCGACCGAGCCACGUUCCCGGACGUGGACCUUGGGGUGCGGUGAUGCCGGGAUCCGGGGUGCCCCUAGCCCGGGUUUAACAAAGGAGGACUGGAGCUUGAUGCAUGAGGAGCCCAUUGAGGCGCGAGAGCGGUGGUGAUGGUCCGGCUUUGGUGAGGCGCGACGGUUUAUCAUGACGGUGUUCAGGCAGGAAAACGUGGAUGAUUACUACGACACGGGCGAGGAACUUGGCAGUGGGCAGUUUGCAGUUGUGAAGAAAUGCCGUGAGAAAAGCACCGGCCUCCAGUAUGCAGCCAAGUUCAUUAAGAAGAGGAGGACCAAGUCCAGCCGGCGGGGAGUGAGCCGUGAGGACAUCGAGCGGGAGGUCAGCAUCCUGAAGGAGAUCCAGCACCCCAACGUCAUCACCCUGCACGAGGUCUAUGAGAGCAAGACCGACGUCAUUCUGAUCCUGGAGCUUGUUGCAGGUGGCGAGCUGUUUGACUUCUUAGCAGAGAAGGAAUCCCUGACAGAAGAGGAAGCAACUGAGUUUCUCAAACAGAUUCUUAAUGGUGUUUACUACCUGCACUCCCUUCAGAUUGCCCACUUCGAUCUUAAGCCUGAAAAUAUAAUGCUUUUGGAUAGAAAUGUCCCCAAACCUCGGAUCAAGAUCAUCGACUUCGGUUUGGCCCAUAAAAUUGAUUUUGGAAAUGAAUUCAAAAACAUAUUUGGGACACCAGAGUUUGUGGCUCCUGAGAUAGUCAACUAUGAACCUCUUGGUCUCGAGGCAGAUAUGUGGAGUAUUGGAGUAAUCACCUAUAUUCUCCUCAGUGGAGCCUCCCCAUUUCUUGGAGACACUAAGCAAGAGACAUUAGCCAAUGUAUCUGCUGUCAACUAUGAUUUUGAGGAAGAAUUCUUCAGUAAUACAAGUGCCCUUGCCAAAGAUUUCAUCAGGAGACUUCUGGUCAAGGAUCCAAAGAAGAGAAUGACAAUCCAGGAUAGCCUGAAGCACCCCUGGAUCAAGCCUAAAGAUACCCAGCAAGCACUUAGUAGAAAAGCCUCAGCUGUAAACAUGGAGAAAUUCAAGAAGUUUGCAGCUCGGAAAAAGUGGAAACAAUCCGUUCGCUUGAUAUCACUGUGCCAAAGAUUAUCCAGAUCAUUCUUGUCCAGGAGUAACAUGAGUGUUGCCAGAAGCGAUGAUACACUGGAUGAGGAAGACUCCUUUGUGAUGAAAGCCAUCAUCCACGCCAUCAAUGAUGACAAUGUCCCAGGCCUGCAGCACCUUCUAGGUUCCUUGUCCAGCUAUGAUGUCAACCAACCCAACAAGCACGGGACGCCUCCGUUACUGAUUGCUGCCGGCUGCGGGAAUAUUCAGAUACUACAGUUGCUCAUAAAGAGAGGCUCGAGAAUUGAUGUCCAGGAUAAGGGUGGAUCCAAUGCCAUCUAUUGGGCCUCUCGGCAUGGCCAUGUGGAUACUUUGAAAUUUCUCAAUGAGAACAAAUGUCCUCUGGAUGUUAAGGACAAGUCUGGCGAGACAGCCCUUCAUGUGGCAGCUCGUUACGGCCAUGCAGAUGUGGUUCAGCUACUGUGCAGCUUUGGUUCGAAUCCUGAUUUUCAGGACAAGGAAGAAGAAACCCCCCUGCACUGUGCUGCCUGGCAUGGCUACUACGCAGUGGCCAGAGCCCUUUGCAAAGCUGGCUGCACCGUGAACAUCAAGAACCGAGACGGAGAGACACCGCUGCUGACAGCCUCGGCAAGGGGCUACCAUGACAUCGUGGAGUGCCUGGCUGAACAUGGCGCUGACCUGAAUGCCUCUGACAAGGAUGGACACAUUGCCCUUCACCUUGCUGUGAGGCGCUGUCAGAUGGAGGUCCUCAAGACCCUCCUCAGCCACGGGUGCUUCGUGGAUUUCCAGGACAGGCAUGGCAACACGCCCCUGCACGUGGCCUGCAAAGAUGGCAGCUUGCCUAUCGUGGUAGCCCUCUGUGAAGCCAGCUGCAAUUUGGACAUCUCAAACAAGUAUGGUCGGACUCCUCUACACCUUGCUGCCAACAAUGGAAUCCUGGAUGUGGUGCGCUACCUCUGCCUGAUGGGAGCCAAUGUGGAGGCUCUGACCUCGGAUGGAAAGACUGCUGAGGACCUUGCUAAGUCAGAACAGCAUGAGCACGUGGCAGGUCUCCUGGCAAGACUCCGGAAGGACACACACCGAGGAUUCUUCAUUCAGCAGCUACGACCCACGCAGAACCUCCAGCCAAGAAUCAAACUCAAGCUGUUUGGCCACUCGGGAUCGGGGAAAACCACCCUGGUGGAAUCUCUCAAGUGUGGUCUUCUCCGGAGCUUUUUCCGAAGGCGCAGACCCAGACUGUCCUCCACCAAUUCCACCCGCUUCCCGCCUUCACCUCUGGCUGCUAAGCCAACAGUCUCGGUGAGCAUCAACAACCUGUACCCCGGCUGUGAGAAUGUGAGCGUGAGGAGCCGCAGCAUGAUGUUCGAGCCAGGUCUCACCAGAGGGAUGCUGGAAGUGUUUGUAGCACCGUCCCACCACACACACUGCUCAUCUGACGACCAGUCCACCAAGGCCAUUGACAUCCAGAAUGCAUAUUUGAAUGGAGUUGGUGAUUUCAGCGUGUGGGAGUUCUCCGGAAACCCUGUGUACUUCUGCUGCUAUGACUAUUUUGCUGCCAACGACCCCACCUCUAUUCACAUCAUCGUUUUUAGUCUGGAAGAACCCUAUGAGAUCCAGCUAAACCAAGUGAUUUUCUGGCUCAGUUUCCUGAAGUCGUUGGUGCCGGUGGAAGAACCUAUAGCAUUUGGGGGCAAGCUGAAGAAUCCACUCCGGGUUGUCCUGGUAGCCACCCACGCUGACAUCAUGAACAUCCCUCGGCCUGCUGGAGGCGAGUUUGGCUAUGACAAGGACAUGGCAUUGCUGAAAGAGAUCAGGAACAGGUUUGGAAAUGAUCUUCAUGUCACAAAUAAGCUGUUUGUGCUGGAUGCAGGGGCUUCUGGGUCUAAGGACAUAAAGGUCCUUCGGAAUCACCUGCAAGAAAUUCGGAGUCAGAUUGUCUCGGGCUGUCCUCCCAUGACUCACCUGUGUGAGAAGAUCAUCUCCACGCUGCCUUCCUGGCGGAAGCUCAAUGGCCCCAACCAGCUGAUGUCAUUGCAGCAGUUCGUGUAUGAUGCACAGGACCAACUGAACCCCUUGGCCUCUGAGGAGGACCUCAGGCGCAUCGCACAGCAGCUCCACAGCACGGGCGAGAUCAACAUCAUGCAGAGUGAAACAGUUCAGGAUGUACUGCUCCUGGACCCUCGCUGGCUCUGCACCAAUGUCCUGGGGAAGCUGCUUUCCGUGGAGACGCCCCGUGCCCUGCACCAUUACCGGGGUCGCUACACCAUGGAGGACAUCCAACGCCUGGUACCCGACAGUGAUGUGGAGGAGCUGCUGCAGAUCCUGGAUGCCAUGGACAUCUGUGCCCGGGACCUGAGCAGUGGGACCAUGGUGGAUGUCCCUGCUUUGAUUAAGACCGACAACCUGCAGCGCUCCUGGGCCGAUGAGGAGGACGAGGUGAUGGUGUAUGGCGGUGUGCGCAUUGUCCCUGUGGAGCAUCUUACCCCCUUCCCGUGCGGCAUCUUUCACAAAGUGCAGGUUAACCUGUGCCGGUGGAUCCACCAGCAGAGCACUGAGGGGGAAGCGGACAUCCGCCUGUGGGUCAGUGGCUGCAAGAUCACCAACCGUGGCGCCGAGCUGCAGGUGCUGCUGGUCAACCAUGGCCAGGGCAUCGAGGUGCAAGUGCGUGGGCUGGAGACAGAGAAGAUCAAGUGCUGCCUGCUGCUGGACUCGGUGUGCAGCACCAUCGAGAAUGUCAUGACAACCACACUGCCAGGACUAUUGACAGUGAAACACUACCUGAGCCCCCAGCAGCUGCGGGAGCACCACGAGCCGGUUAUGGUGUACCAGCCACGGGACUUCUUCCGUGCACAGACCCUGAAGGAGAGCUCCCUGACCAACACGAUGGGCGGGUACAAGGAGAGCUUCAGCAGCAUCACAUGCUUUGGGUGUCAUGACGUCUACUCACAGGCCAGCCUGGGCAUGGACAUCCAUGCUUCAGACCUGAACCUCCUGACCCGGAGGAAACUGAGUCGCCUCCUGGACCCACCCGACCCCAUGGGGAAAGACUGGUGCCUUCUUGCUAUGAACUUGGGCCUUCCAGACCUGGUGGCCAAGUACAACACCAACCCCAGGGCUCCCAAGGACUUCCUCCCCAGCCCAGUACAUGCCUUGCUACAGGAAUGGACCUCCUGCCCUGAGAGCACAGUGGGUAUCCUCAUGUCUAAACUGCGGGAGCUUGGGCGCCGGGACGCGGCGGACUUUUUACUCAAGGCCUCUUCUGUGUUCAAGAUCAACCUGGAUGGCAACGGCCAGGAAGCUUACGCCUCCAGCUGCAACAGUGGCACAUCUUACAAUUCCAUUAGCUCGGUGGUGUCCCGGAGAGACUCCCAUGCUUGGACCCCACUGUAUGCUUUAUAAACAGACAAUAUGUGAGUGCCUUUUGCAGAAGAGGGUGUGUUGACAUCAUCUGAGUCAGCCCGGAGCUGUCACCAAGGAAACGCUACCUCUCUGUCCUUGCUGUUUGCUGAUCAUCGCCAGAGGUGCUUCACCCUGAGUUUUUGUUGUUCUUUUGUUUUGUUUUGUUUUUGUUUUGUUGUGGGGGAGGGUCUGUAUUUUAUUUGGCAAGGAAAGAGGAGAAAGAAAUCCUCCCCUGGGGAUUACAUGGCCAGUGUUGUUACUGUAAGAAGAUGUUUUCUCAGUUGCUUUUGUUGAAAUUUCCACAUGAACAUGUACAUGAAACCUACAAACUGUCAUGCUUCAUCAUUCCCUGUCAUCUCAGGUAGAAGGUUGACACAGUGUAGGGAGAUGGAGACUGUGUGAGAAGUCAGAAGCCCCCGACUCAUAAUCCAUGGCACUCCGUCAUCAUCGGUGCAUAGCGGAUGGUUUCCACGUUUAGAUCCUGGUUUGGUCACUUCUUGUACUUGAAGUCUAAAGAGAAAAUGUAGGAAACGACUUCUCUUGCAGUGAUUUGAAAUUGUGAUAGAAUUUUAAAUUGAUAUGAGGGAACAUGUCCUAAUUCUUCUGUCCUGAGAAGCAUGUAAUCUUAACGUUAUAUCACCUGUACAUAUAUAUAUGCACUAUGUAUAUACAUAUAUAUUAAUACUGGUAUUUUUACUUAAUCUAUAAGAUACAGUGAAAGAAUU